AUGUGUUGCAACUUCAAAGCCACGAACAACGAAGCCGAGUACGAGGCCCUCAUCAUGGGACUGACGAUUACAAAAGACAUGAAGAUCAAAUGCAUCAACGUAAGUUGUGACUCCCUUUUGAUUGUGAACCAUGUAAACGGCUCUUAUGAGGCCAAGGACACCAAAAUGUUGUCAUACCUCGACAUUGUAAAACAAUUACGACGUUCAUUUGACGUGUUCAACAUUCGACAGGUCCCCAGGGAACUCAAUGUGCAAGCAGAUGCACUGGCAGGAUUGGGAGUUGUCUUCAAAGAUGGCUGUACGCACAAUGUGCCAGUCAUCCAUCUGCUGAAACCAGCCACCGUGAGGGAACAAGCUCACCCAUCAGCACAGGUACUGGAUGUAGCCUUGUCUCCCAACAACAAAGACGACUGGAUGCAAACAUACAAAGACUACCUGCAGUUGGGACAGCAACCAGCUAAUCGCAAUGAGGCCAAGAUGAUGCGCAUGAAAGUUUCACGCUUCAUCUUGAUAGAUGACGUCUUGUUCAAAAAAUCGGUCUCUGGAUUGCUACAGAGGUGUCUUGACAUCAAUGAGGCCAACAUGAUCUUGCGUGAUCUUCAUGAAGAAAAUGCGGAAAUCACACAGGAGGAAGAAACUUGUCACUCAAAGUGUUGA